CCCCGUCCAAAACAACCUGCCUCCCAGUGAUAUUUUUUCUGAUAGCACUUUUUGCACCGCCGGACCCUUUUGUUUGGUUUCGACUCUGAUUCCUUACGCAGAAUUAGACCAAUCGAAACCUUUCCCGGACACUAUAUUUCGAAAUGGUAAAGCGGAAGCGAGAAGCAGCGGCCGCGGCCCAGAAGAUGGCGGAGCCCGAGCAGCAAAAAAACACCAAGCGCGCAAAGGCGGUCCAGCUCUCGCCCGAGGAGCCUGCCGUCGUUAUUCAGAUUGUCACUGGAUCAUACGACCGCACCCUGCACGGCUUCACGGCGACGAUACGCAGUGGCAAGGAAGGGGACAAGAUUGGGUUUGCCGACACGUUCCUCUUUGACGCCCACAACUCGGCGGUCAAAUGUCUCGCCUUGUCGCCCCCAUCCGCACCAUCCCCAGGCCAAGGUCAAAGGGUCAUGCUGGCCACUGGCGGCACGGACGAGCGAAUCAACAUCUACAACAUCUCUGCGCAUCCGCCCAAGCAGAGCGCCGAGCAGGACCUCAUCUCAUCUCUCGCACCCCGGCCGGUCGCUGAGAACCCGCAGAACAGAGAGCUUGGCAUGCUGCUGCACCACUCGUCUACGAUCACGAAGCUCUCGUUCCCCACGAGGUCUAAACUCUUGUCAUCUUCGGAGGAUUCCACAAUAGCAAUCACGAGGACGCGUGACUGGUCGCUCCUCUCAUCCAUCAAGGUUCCGAUACCGAAGGCAUACGGGCGGCCGAGUGGAGACACGGCGCCCAUGGGUGGCACGCCGGCCGGCGUCAACGACUUUGCAGUGCACCCCAGUCUCAAGGUCAUGAUCAGCGUCAGCAAGGGGGAGCGGUCCAUGAGGCUGUGGAAUUUGGUCACAGGCAAGAAGGCCGGCGUGCUGAACUUUGGCAAAGAUGUCCUACACGAGAUCGGCGAGGCCAAGUACAACAUGGGAGAAGGUCGUAGCGUCGUCUGGGGCAGCUGCGACGGGGAGGACGAAUUCGCGGUCGCCUUUGACCGGGAGGUUCUGGUGUAUGGAAUGGACGGAACGCCCAAGUGUCGCGUAAUGGGCAGCCUCAGGACUAAGGUUCACAAGGUACAAUACCUUCAAUGGAAUGCGAACAAGGAUAGCGGGAAAGACAGCAAGAAGGGUGAUGAUGUCAGUUUUCUCGCCGUGUCCACCGAAGAUGGUCGGAUAUGUUUCUUCUCGACCAAGACUCAAGAUCUACAGGAGUCAAAAGAUGAGGGGAAGGAUGGUGCCAAGAAGACAGAUCACCUGUCAACCGCCAAACUUUUAGGCAGCGUGGGGGGCAAGGAUGCCGGGGUUACCAGACGCAUCAAAGACUUUGUGGUGCUACCGGGCGCCGAAAAGGCGCAACAAAAGCAUAGAGUUAUCGUGUCCGGAAGCAGUGACGGCAAGAUUCACGUGUGGAAGGUGGAGCGUAACGCUCUCGUGAGCAGCAAGGGACCCAUUGGCAAAAUAUUGGGAAGUUACGAGACCCAAAAUCGGAUUACAUGCCUGACGGCAUUCGACAUGAUACCCAGACCGGAGGGCUUGGAUGAUGAAGGCGGGGAAGACGAGGAGGUGGAGAGCGGAGAAGAGGUUGAUUCGGAAGACGGCCAGGAGUAACGAAUACGAGAGGCAUGAUUUCUUGUUAAUUGCUGACUGCUGCUUCCACGCCACUCGGGCGCGUUGCGUUGAUUGAACCGCAAUCCUGUCUUGAAAGUGGCGCUUCAAGGCAAACAAUUGCCGAGUAUCAGUCUUGCAGUAUUCCAAUGGGUCGUUGUCGAAAAACGUGUCGUACAGUACCACGUCGGUCUGAAUGCAGGUAGCUGAGCUUGCUGAGCUUGUUGAGCUGUGUGACCCCUGCCACGUAGAUAGCCAGGUGGGCCAAUGGUCUGAUGUACCGUACCCCGCGUAGUUGUGGCCCGAAAAAGUGCCCUGUGGUCAAGGGGUUUUUUUUUUGGUUUUUUUUUUCCUCCCCUUCUCUCUCUCUUUGGCAGGGGCCGUAACAGAGCCGAUGAAGCAAAAUGAAGAGUAAGAGACAAAGAUCAUGUAGCCAAAAACAGCUAAUACAUGUAAGAUUGAAACUUCACCUACAUAGGCACCUACUCAAGU